AUGCCCGACUCUCCUCUUUUAGGCACGUUUUUUUCUUCAAACCCCUAUUUUUCUGCUGGUGUUGGUGUACUAGGAGUAGGUGCCGGCCUAGCAAUCCUUCGUCAGGGAUUAACUCGUGGAAUGACCCUAGCUCGUCGUCAAUUACUGGUCUCAUUGGAAAUUCCUUCGAAAGAUAAGUCAUAUACUUGGUUUUUACAUUGGAUGUCCAAACAGUCGAUAAGAAAUGCGCAUCAACUUGCCGUAGAGACCUCCUUUAUGCAACAUGAUAAUGGUAGUGUAAGCGCGGCUUUUAAACUUGUGCCAGGUCCAGGAAGACACUUUUUUAAAUGGAAGGGUGUAUGGUUACAAGUUGAACGCACUCGAGAUAAUAAAAUGCUAGAUAUAACAACAGGAAGUCCCUGGGAAACAGUGACUCUCACAACUAUAAGUCGUGACCGUCAUAUUUUCACGGAUCUAUUACGUGAAGCCCAGGAACUUGCUCUUGCUCAACAAGAAGGCAAAACGGUGAUUUACACAAGCUGGGGUCCGGAAUGGAGACCUUUUGGGUUACCACGAAAACGGAGAUUGUUGGAUUCCGUUAUAUUAGAUCAAGGUGUUAAAGAACGUAUUGUCAAAGAUGUUAAAGAUUUUAUUAAUAAUGGUAAUUGGUAUAACGAGCGAG